AUUUAUUUUUUGCAAUCACUAUUUACCCCCACUGCCACCUCUUCUUCCUGUUCCUCCUUACUCGUGCCAUACAUCUUGAGUUCAGCAGGUGACGGGGAUCAUAUUUGUGUGCGAUCUGUCUAUCCUCACCACUCUGGCCUCGUUCGAACCCUCCGGGAGCCUCAGCUAUGGGCCAACCAUCUCAGCAGGCGUCUAACGCCAUCAUCUAUACCACUUAUGCAGCUUUCCUUGUUUUCGGCCUCUUCGUCGCAUGGACAUUGCGCCAUCAGACGAAAGGCGAGUACCUUGCAACUCUGCGAACACAGAAGGGCAUACCUUUAGCCCUCAACUUCAUCGCCUCGGGUGAGUGCGCUCGAUCGGCGUCAUACGCCUGAAGCGGCAGCGGCAUGAGCUUCAUACGCCAUGAAGCAAGACACGAAACGAAAGCGCAAUUAACAGUCGACCGACCAUCGAGCCCAUCAAAAGAUACAAUGUUGAAACCAGAUAUCUGAGGUUCGUAAGCUUGCAAACAAGGCAUUGUGGUUCCCUUCUGGCGUCGGGGUCCGGGCGGAGGAGAAACUUUUACAAAAUGUCCCCGAGACACGUUGAGAUGGGUGUCUUUGACGACGGAGCCCAGACGCAAGAAGGGAAGCACGAUGUGCAGCACUACGGGCGCUUGUGCCAGCUUUGGAUUUUUCACCUUCCAGUUCUCAUCCACCUUCACAGAAUGCAACACCUUUGAGUGUUUGCUAGCGGAGAGAUGAGGAGACGGCGGGGAAAAGAAGAAGCGAGAAAACGCACAAUGCUGAGAUUGUACCGUUAAAACUCGAUCAAGUUAAUGCUUGCGUGGGAAACGUGCUGCCGCUUCUAUCAAUUCCCCUUCUUCCCCCCUUUCCUGACAGGAACAAAGGUCGGUCGUACUAACAACGCCGGGUAUGCGGUGUGUGUACAGCUUUAGGAUCAGGUAUUCUCUUCACGUACCCCCAGAUCGCGACCAUUGCGGGCGUCCAGGGUCUGCUGGUCUACGCCUUGUCAUCGGCCCUACCUCUGCUGGUCUUUGCGUGGUUGGGACCCAUCAUCCGACGUAAAUGUCCCGAGGGGUUCGUCCUGACGGAAUGGACGCGCCAGCGCUACGGCGUUGUGACGAGCUUGUAUCUGUCUGCGUUGACGUAUGUCGUUCCGUCCAAUAUAUGUCAUCUUUUUUUCCCCUCUUUCCAAAAACGGUGGGAUUUCAUACUGAUCAAUGUUAUGCUUCUGUUAGCCUCAUAACGCUCUUCCUCUACAUGGUCGCCGAGCUCUCUGCUCUUCAACAAAUCAUCAAUGCCCUGACCGGUCUGAACGGCCUGCCCGCUGUCAUUGUGGAGUGCGCCGUCACGACGAUCUACACCUCUCUGGGCGGGUUCAAGGUCAGUUUCAUCACGGACAACAUCCAGGGCGCCAUGGUCCUGGGCUUGAUCGUCAUCGGCAUCAUCACGGUCGGCGUCGAGACGAAAAUCUCGCACGACCUGGUCGAAAAGUCCAACUACCUCGACGCGUCCCUCCUGGGGUGGCAGCUCCUCUACAUCCUCCCCGUGGCCAUCUUGACCAACGACUUCUUCCUGUCGGGUUUCUGGAUGCGCACGUUCGCGGCCAAGACCGACAGGGACCUCUACGUGGGCGUCGGCCUCGCCACGGUCGCGGUCGCCAUCAUCCUCACCGUCGUGGGCGUGAGCGGCCUCCUCGCGGGCUGGUCCGGCGCGCUCGGCGACCCGCCCCAGCAGAGCAGCAUCGCGUUCUUCUUGCUGCUCGAGCAGCUCCCCGCGUGGGUCGUGGGGAUCGUGGUCGUCAUGACCGUCGCCCUCAGCACGGCGGCCUUUGACAGCUUCCAGAGCGCCAUGGUGAGCACGGGCUCCAACGACAUCUUCCGCAACCGGCUGAACUUUUGGUACAUCCGGCUCGCCGUCGUGCUGCUCAUCUUCCCCGUCGUCGUCGUGGCCCUCAAGAGCCCCAGCGUCCUGCAGAUCUACCUGAUCAGCGACCUCAUCAGCGCCAGCAGCAUCCCCGUGCUGGUCAUCGGCCUGAGCGAGCGCGCCUACGCCUGGCGCGGGUUCGAGGUCGUCGUGGGCGGCCUCGGCGGCCUGCUCACCGUCUUCCUGUUCGGCCUGGUCUACUACGACGGCGACGCCCAGAAGGCCGGCGACCUGCUGCUGUUGGAGCAAGGGCUGUACGGCAACGACUGGUCCGCGUUCGGGGCCUUCUUGGCCGCGCCCGUCGGCGGUCUCCUCUGGGCCCUCGGCGCGUUCGGGUUGAGGGUCGGCGUGCAGUGGAUCAUGGCCAAACGAGCCGGGAGGCGUUUCGACGCGUUUGACAAGCCCGUCGCUCCCACUGCGGGCUUCUAUACCGGUGAGCGCGACGACGAUGGCGCCACCGAGAGAGAAGUCUACACCGACGCCGACGGCGUGGAGAGAAGUGACGUCGCCGUCAAGGGGAAAUUCUUCUAAAGUCCAGACUUCUUCGCUUCGUGCUUCGUGCUUCGGGCGCCUUUGGGUGGAUACAAACACAAAGUGCAAAGAGGAAGUGAAACGCGAUGUCAUGCAUAUAGGACAGGUUGGGG